AUGCCGAGCCAAGCACACGCGUCCCUGCGCGCCGCACGCACCACACGACACGACACGACACCUCGCCUCGCCUCGCCUCGCCUCCCACACGGCUGCGCUGCGCGACGCGACCCGCCACCGACUGGGUGCGCGCCGCCACUCGCGCCGUUUAAACAUCCGCGGCGCGGCGGGCAGGCGCUGAGCUCGGCUGCCGGCCGAGGGCGCACGGCGGCGCCCGAGCGGCCCGGCGAAGCGCGGCCUCGGCGGCCGGCCGGACCUCCCGGCAGAGGGUCUGCCGCUCAACGCCCGCCGCCGCCGCCGCCACUAGGUCACACCAUUCCGCCUUACUAG